AUGUUUACCUACCUACCUCUGUACAGAGUGCUCGUCUGCCAGGAGCACUGCUACGCAGUCUACAACCUAGACGAGCACCUGAAGCGGCUCCACAAGCUACCAUCAGCAGAGAGAAGGCGGCUGAUCGCCUCGUACAGCGGGCUUGCCCUGAGCCCGCCAGAGCGCGUGCCUGCGCCGGAGCCGUACGGGCCGCCUGUGGCAGAGCUGGGUGCACCACAGAGCGCCUUCCUCUGCUGCCAAGCAGCGCAGCAGGGUGCUGAUGACAAUCAUCCCGACACCACCACCACUACUACCACUACCACCACUAGCAGCAGCAGCAGCAGCAGCAGCAACCGUACAAGCUGUAGCUUCAUCACCACCAGCUACACCUGGAUUAAGAAGCACACUAAUCAGCAGCACAGCACCCAGCUCUCUCGCUGGUCUACCCCUUCUGCAGCCUC